UCGAUAAAUUAAAAAAAAAAAUCAGUGUAUUCGAUUAAUCGAUAGAAAUCGCCUAUCCCUAGUAGCUUUUUAUUAUUUGUGUUAAUUGUGUGUUACAUCGGUGUGUAGUAUAGAGGGAGGUCAUUUCUAUGGCAUCGUUGUGACACAUUUCCUAACCUAAUAAUCAUCAACUUUAUACUUAACAUCGAGGUUGCUGGGACAGAACGACGCUUUUUUACCAGAUUCGUUUGUUUCGGACAAAAACACUACGACUAAAAGCACAAGUUCUUUGAUUUUUAAGAGGAUGGGGUACCAAUGUGAUGUGGCAGAUUUAAAAGUGAAAAAUUAAUUGGGCAAAAAUAAUUCUACUUCUGAAUAUGGUCAAUUUUACAUAUUGUGAUAUGAUUCUACACAUAAAAAUGCUCAAUGAUGGAAACAGAGCCUGAAGUGAUAGAACAUUUUUUUGGAGUAUAUUUAUUAUAUUGUAUGAAUCGAAAAUACAAGGGAAGAACUUACAUAGGUUACACUGUAAAUCCAGAACGUAGAAUUAAGCAACAUAACACUGGUAAAAAGCAUGGUGGAGCGUGGAAAACUAGUAACAGAGGACCAUGGUAAUCCUCCAUAUGCGUUCAUGGAUUUCCUAACAGUACUUCUGCACUUAGAUUUGAAUGGGCUUGGCAACAUCCAAAUGUAAGUAGGCGACUUAAACAUAUUCCUGGGAAAAAGUCAUCACAGAAGAUGCUUGAUUUUCGAUUGAUGGUCCUAUCUGAAAUGUUAAAAAUUGGGCCUUGGUGUCGUCUACCUUUAACUGUACGAUGGUUGGAUCAUCAAUUUUCCGAGAAUUAUUACGAAUGUAUAUCUGCACCGUUACACAUGCCUAUAUGCUAUGGCAAAGUCACUAGUUGUAAAGUUAAACAAACACAAAACACAAACGAAGAUGAUAUUCUAUUACAAGAAUCUCAAUUGCCAAUGAAGAAGUCAUUGUUUUGUUCUCUUUGCGGCUUGAGUGUAAUAGAAAAAGAUUCUGUUACUUGCAUAAAACCAAAAUGCCUGUUGAUUGUUCACUUAAUUUGUUUAGCAAAAGAAUUUUGUAAAGAUAAUGUUGAUAUGAUUUUACCGAUCGAGGGCACUUGCCCUACGUGCAAAUCUAAUGUUCUCUGGGGAGAUCUUGUAAGAAAAAAGAAUGGUUGUUAUCGAAAUUUUGAAGAAAUUGAUACUGUUUCUUUCCCCAAUGAUAACGACAUUUAG